AUGCUGUUUUGGCCGGAGCUCCUUUUCUCUCUUGCUGCUUCUAUCUGCUGGGCGGGGCUGCUUCUAGGGGAGAUAUUUUCCGCCUUGUCGGCAACAGGCCACGUCCUUGUAUUGCCCCACGAGCUGGCAUACGCAGCAGGGCAGGCUGUCACGUACGCGCUGGCAGCAGCAGUCCUGCUGCUCUUCCAGAGAAGGCGGGAUGUGACUGUGGUUGGGUCGGCACGCGUCUGGCUGUUUCAGAACGCUGUGCUUAUGCUGCUGCUCUCCAUGGUGAUUCUGCUCCGGCUCUGGAGCAAGAGACAAAGGACGGAUUUGUGGGAGGGAUUUGGUUCGGGUCCUGGCCUGCUGGUGCUGCUCAAGUGUGCGGUCAUGUACGCGGGCCCGCUGCUGCUCUCCCGCUUUGUGGACGUUGCUGCGGGCAAGCAGCUAUUUCAAGGCGAGGGCGUGGCGCUUGUGGCGCUGCUGCUGCUGGCUAAAGCGACAGAAACGGCUGUGGGGCAUCAGUUCAACUUCCAGACACAGUCGAGCAGCACUAGUGGGGGAGCCCUCUCGUGGAAAUAUCACAAGGGCUUGCGGCUGUCGAGCAGGGCGAAGCAGCGGCACACAGUGGGCGAGGUGGUGAACUACAUGUCCACUGAUGUGCAGCGCCUACUGCCUCUGGCUGAAUUGUCUUGUGAUCUUCUCUCCCUCCCUGCCUUUCGCACUCAGGCGCUGGGUCUUGAGAUUCGAGCAGCGCUGGUGGGAGCGCUGUAUCAGAAAGGCUUGCGGCUGUCGAGCAGGGCGAAGCAGCGGCACACAGUGGGCGAGGUGGUGAACUACAUGUCGACAGACGUGCAGCGCCUGGCAGACCUCAUGCUGCAGCUGCACAACGUGUGGGUGCUGCCCCUGCAGAUCGCCAUCGCCCUCGUCAUCCUCUUCCAUGUGGUGGGGGCGAGCAUGGUGGCGGGGUUGGCAGUGAUGGUGGCAGCGCUGCUGCUCAACCUCCUCAUAGCAGCUUCUCUACGUGCCACAGUGGGGCACAUUCUUAAAGCCAAGGACCGCCGCAUGAAGGCCACGUCGGAGGUGCUCUCCUCCAUGCGGGUCAUCAAGCUGUACGCCUGGCAGCCCUUCUUCGAGAAUCAAAUCAAAUCUCUGCGUGCUGCCGAGGCCAGUUGGCUGGCAAGGUACAUGGCGAUAGGGGCGGCCAACAUCUGUCUGCUGUGGCUGUCGCCUCUGGCCGUGUCGGUGGGGACCUUCGGCGCCAUGGUGCUCGUGGGUGUGCCGCUCACCCCUGGGGCUGUUUUCACUGCCAUCGCCACCUUCCGCAUCCUACAGGUGAGGGGACUGGGAAGAAGGGGCGAGAAGAGGAGGGGUGGUGGGGAUUGCAGGGUUGGGGGAAUUGAAGGGGGACAGUGGGGGCGGCCAUCAGUACUCGUGCCACUUGUCAAGGAGCCGCUGCGCUCGUUCCCGUCGGUGGUGGCGGCUCUAGCGCAGGCCAUGGUGUCACUCAAGCGAGUCACCACCUUCCUCCUAGAAGAGGAGAUUCAGAGCGAUGCUGUGACUCGCGUGGAUGGCCCGAAGGAAGGGCUGGGGAGUGGGGGACAAGGAAGGGAAGAGAGGAGGGAUGGCGUGAAGGGUGUGGCAAAUGAUGUGGUGGUGCGGGUGCAGAAUGGUGUGUUUAGCUGGGAGGGCGAUGCUAGCAAGCCGACACUGAAUGGAAUCGAGUUGGAGAUUAAAAAGGGGAUGAGGGUGGCUGUGUGUGGAGCGGUGGGGGCGGGCAAGUCGAGCCUGCUGGCGUGCCUGCUAGGGGAGAUGCCCAAGAUAAGAGGCAAGGUCCUCAUAGCAGGCCGCACGGCCUACGUGCCACAAUCCGCAUGGAUCCUGAACGGCACCGUCACCCUGGCGGGCCGCACAGCCUAUGUGCAGCAGUCCGCAUGGAUCCAAAACGCCACAGUGCGCCACCUCUCAUCUCCCACACAACCUACCUUCUCCUCCACCCUGCGCCAAUUCCAGGUCACCCUGGCGGGCCGCACAGCCUAUGUGCCGCAGUCCGCAUGGAUCCAAAACGCCACAGUGCGCGACAACAUUCUUUUCGGGCAGCCCAUGGACCGGGCGCGCUACAGCCGGGUGCUGCAGCAGUGCGCGCUACAGCCAGACCUGGCGCUGCUGGCCCACGGGGACGCCACGCAGAUAGGCGAGAGGGGGGUGAACCUGAGUGGCGGGCAGAAGCAGCGGAUACAACUGGCCCGGGCAAUGUAUGCGGGGGGAGGGGGAACUGAGGCAGGGGGGACUGGGGGAGGGGGGACUGGGGGAGGGGGAAUGGGAGGAGGGGAAACGAGGGAAGGGGGGCCUGAGGGAGGCAUGCGAGAUGGAGAAGCAGGAGGGAAGCACGGGGAGAGGGCGGAUGGAACCGGGGUUGCGGAGGAGCAAGGAGGAGUGGACGGGCAAGGGGGUGAUGCGGAGGUGUUUCUAUUGGAUGAUCCGUUCAGUGCCGUUGAUGCUCACACGGGCUCGCAGCUCUUCACUCGUCCUGAGGGGCCUGGCGGGGAAGACUGUCGUUCUGGUGACGCACCAAGUGGACUUCCUGCCUGUCUAGACCUCAUUCCCACCUUCCCACUCCCUCCUCGCUGCCCCUUCCUUCCUCCCCUCGUGGCAGGAGUGUGUGCUGAGGGGCCUGGCGGGGAAGACUGUCGUUCUGGUGACGCACCAAGUGGACUUCCUGCCUGCCUAGACCUCAUUCCCACCUUCCCACUCCCCCCUCGCUGCCCCUUCCUUCCUCCCCUCGUGGCAGGAGUGUGUGCUGCGGGGCCUGGCGGGGAAGACUGUCGUUCUGGUGACACACCAAGUGGACUUUCUGCCGGCCAUGAACCUCAUUCCCACCUUCCCACUCCCCCCUCGCUGCCCCUUCCUUCCUCCCCUCGUGGCAGGAGUAAUCGUGCAGAGUGGGGGUAUGACGACCUUCUGGCACAGGGGACGGAUCUCUCCUCUUUUGUAUCCCCACAUACUGAUUUCACUGGCGCCUCCUUCUCUCUGCUCCCUCCGCUCCACAGGGGACGGAUUUCUACUCCCUUGUGGACGCUCAUAGAGAUGCCAUGCACUCCCUUUCUGCCAACGCCACUGCUGCUCCCCACAGGUGAUGAGGAAGGGGAGAAUCGUGCAGAGUGGGCGGUGAUGAGGUGGGGGAGCAUCGUGCAGAGUGAGCGGUGCGAGGAGCUGCUGGCACAGGGAACGGAUUUCUCCUGUUUUGUAUCCCCACAUACUGAUGCGUAUUCCCCUCCUGCCCCUCCCCACCAUCGUCUCCUUCCCAACCCCCCACAGGUGAUGAAAGAGGGGAGCAUCGUGCAGAGUGGGCGGUACGAGGAGCUGCUGGCACAGGGAACGGACUUCUCCUCGGUGAUGAAAGAAGGGAGCAUCCUGCAGAGUGGGCGGUAUGAGGACCUGCUGGCACAGGGAACGGACUUCUCCUCCCUCGUGGACGCUCACACCGAUGCCAUGCACUCCCUUGCUGCCACCACCACCACCACCACCGCUGGUCCCGCUGCUGCUGCUGCUGCUAGUGCUGCUGGUGAUGGUGAUGCUGCUGCUGCUGCUGCUAAAUAUGCCUCAUCUGCUGUUAAAGCUGCACCUGCCUCUGCGGAUGCAGCUCCAUCCAUCUCCCCGGUGGGCUUUCUGCGGGUGUACGUGCUGUUGGCACUGGGCAGUGUGCUCUUUGUGCUGCUGCGCACGGUGGCAGUCUCCUGGAUGGGGUGGGAGACAGCGCAGGCGCUAUUUGCCCGCAUGCUGCACGCUGUCUUUCGGGCGCCCAUGAGCUUCUUUGACUCCACUCCUGCAGGAAGAGUGCUUUCCCGGGUGAGUAAAGCAGUGCGUAGCCGUGUCCUGGAUGGGUUGGGAGACGGCCCAACCCAAGCCCUGUUUGCCCGCAUGCGGCAUGCUGUGUUCCGAGCCAUGGGGGCUGUGUUCCGAGCCAUGGGGGCUGUGUUCCGAGCCAUGGGGGCUGUGUUCCGAGCCAUGGGGGCUGUGUUCCGAGCCAUGGGGGCUGUGUUCCGAGCCAUGGGGGCUGUGUUCCGAGCCAUGGGGGCUGUGUUCCGAGCCAUGGGGGCUGUGUUCCGAGCCAUGGGGGCUGUGUUCCGAGCCAUGGGGGCUGUGUUCCGAGCCAUGGGGGCUGUGUUCCGAGCCAUGGGGGCUGUGUUCCGAGCCAUGGGGGCUGUGUUCCGAGCCAUGGGGGCUCGAAGGCCGCAUGAGCUUCUUCUAUUCUACCCCAGCAGUGUAUCUGGACCUCUCAUUCCGCUUUCGCACUGUUCUCUUCUCUUCCUCCUCGCCAUUCUCACUGCGUCAACAGACCAAGCAACAGUGGAUCUAGACCUCCCAUUCCGCUUUGGCACGGUGCUCUCCCUGCUCUUCCAGCUGCUCGGUAUCCUCUCAGCGUCAACAGACCAGGCAACAGUGGAUCUAGACCUCCCAUUCCGCUUUGGCACGGUUCUCUCUCUUCUCUUCCAGCUGCUCGGCAUCCUCUCAGUCACCUCCUUCAUCACCUGGCCUGUGCUCUUUGCUAUAGUGCCCCUUGCCUACUUCUACUUCUCUUAUCAGCCUCCUCAGCCUCCUCGCGAAGUUCCUCCUCGCCGCCUCUCGCGCUCUGACGUAUCAGCCUCUCCGCGUUUCUCGCGAAGCCGCUGGCUCCUGUGCGGCGUCUGUUCGUGCCCCGCGCACCGCCGCCUCCCCGUCCCCGCUCGCUACCCCUUCGUCCGCGGCGACUGCCGCGUCCGACGCAGAUUCCGCGCGUUGCUCUUGCUACUGCGACUCCCUCGCCCCCCGCCAGCGGCGCCGCGGUCGUCUCGCCUUCCCUUCGUCGGCGCGCUGGCAUCUGCUGCGCUACGGUCGGGGGUGAUGGACCCGUCCGCAAGACGGGAUCCGGAGCUUGAGCAUUCCGCGGAGAGCGCGCCGCGGGAGCCUGCGCCUGCCGAGCCUCGGCCACGACUGCCUGCGCAUCCCUCCGCAAGCGAGCCCGUUCACCGAUUCGAGCGGGUGCAGACUCUUCCCCAUCAGCCAGCCUCGCGCCUCUCCCCCCCUGAGUAUUCGUGGGCUCCUGCGCGUGUAGCGUCGAACCGUCCUGACGGUCAGCAGCCGCAGCAGCGCGGGCGCUCGCCUCAGCGUCAUCCCCAACGGCAGCCGUCUCCUCGUCGCCUAUCUCCCGCGCGUCGCGAACACUAUCAGCGCAGGGAGGGGGAUCCGCGCUCCCCUGAGCGUCCUCGCUCUCCUCGGCGCCCGUCUCCUCGUGGUCGAGCAGGCCAGCGCUCACCCCGAGCGCGAUCCCCCGCUCAACAAUCACCUCGGCGAGCUCCGGCGACGCGGGGGAAGGGGUCGCCUGGGCGUCGCUGGGAAUCAGGUCGUCGCGAGCCGUCCCCUCCGCGUCCGAAUUCGGGUGGUUCCGCUGGGCGGCGGGGCCGGCGGAAUGGCGGAGGGCGCGGCUCAUCUGGCCGCCAGCCGGAUCCUGCUCUUGAUCACGCUGCGAACACAUUCGUGGAUGUGGUGCGGCAGGCCCGGGCGAGCGGGGGGCCGACUCACGUUCACAUCGAGGUGACAAAUGGCCCUCCCUUUGCCGCGGAUCCCGGCCCGGUGGCCCCACUGCGCGCGCCGAUGUUGGCCGAGUAUCUGCCCGCGCGGGUGGGGAGACCCGACUAUCGCUCCCCUCGUCAGGUUCCUGGCUUCUCCGCUGGGUGCUUGACUGUUGGCCGCGUUCCUGGCUGGUCGGCGUCGUUUCCGCUCGAAGAGCAGACUGCACCUCACCCCAAUCCCGUGGGGAGAGACCCCAUGCUGACCAUGUGCCGGAUAUUGAAUCUGGCGGAGGCGUGCGAGGUGGUGGCGAACUUGCAGCUGGCAGUGUGUGGGGCCACCCGGAACUUUCCGAGCAGUUUCGGUCCAGGAUCCCGAGGAUCCUGCGUGACUUUGGCAGGAUCGCUCGAGUCGCCGUUGGCGCCCGUGUCGGAAGCGCCCGCCGGGGAGUACUACCUGACCACGUCUAGGGAGCUCUCUCGACUGGAUGGCAUCACCAAGUCGCCCAUCAUCGAGCACUUCAGCGAGUCGCUAGCCGGAGCAGCGGUGAUCCGGGCCUUUGGUGAAGAAUCUCGGUUCGCACGCACGAGUGCAGCACGGGUGGACAGCAACACACGCGUGGCGUUCUGCAGCAGAGGCGCCGUGGAGUGGCUGGGUUUCCGCCUCGAGCUGCUGGGCUCGCUGCUGCUCUGCUUCUCUGCGCUCAUGCUCACGCUACUACCACCUUCAGUGGUGUCACCAGGCCUAGCAGGCAUGUCCCUCUCCUACGGCCUUGCGCUCUCGCAAGCGCUCUUCUUCGUGGUGUGGGCGUGGUGCUCCCUGGAGAACCAGAUGGUGUCAGUGGAGCGAAUCCUCCACUUCUCCCACCCCGCCGUGCCCUCGGAAGCCCCUCUUGUUAUCGCCAACCACCGUCCACGGCCCGAUUGGCCGAACAAGGGGCGAGUGGAGUUUCAGGAUCUUCAGAUGGUCUCAGUGGAGCGGAUUCUGCACUUCUCCCACCCCGCCGUGCCCUCCAAAGCGCCCCUCGUCCUCCCCCACCACCGCCCUCCCGCCAACUGGCCGCACCAGUGUGAUGAGGGCAUGGAGAACCAGAUGGUAUCAGUGGGGUGGAUUCUGCACUUCUCCCACCCCGCCGUGCCCUCUGAAGCGCCCCUCGUCCUCCCCCAAUUGGCCGCACCAGGGGAGGACCUGCCCAUGGUGCUGAAGGUCCAGUACCGGCCAGACCUGCCCAUGGUGCUGAAGGGCGUGACUCUGACCAUCCCAGGCGGGAACAAGGUUGGUAUUGUGGGCCGCACUCUUGCCAGCACUGGCAGCGGCAAGUCAACAAAGUCAGCCAAGAAUUCUGUUCCCUCUCUUCCCCACCUCCCCCUUCCCCAGGUCCAGUACCGGCCAGACCUGCCAAUGGUGCUGAAGGGCGUGACUCUGAACAUCCCAGGCGGGCACAAGGUCGGCAUUGUGGGCCGCACCGGCAGCGGCAAGUCAACGCUCGUCGCCGCUCUCUUCCGAUUGGUCGAGCCGGCGGGCGGCAGGGUGGUGAUUGAUGACGUGGACAUUGGGAGCAUCGGAUUGGGCGACCUGAGGGGGCGGCUGGCGAUCAUACCACAAGACCCGACUCUGUUCCAGGGGUCGAUCCGAAUGAACUUAGACCCUGCAGGAGAAUACAGUGACGCUCAGAUAUGGGAGGCACUGGAUCGAUGUCAGCUGGGGGACACUGUGAAGGGCAUGGAGGCAAAGCUGGAUGCCCAGGUGGUGGAGGGAGGGGAGAACUGGAGCGUGGGGCAGAGGCAGCUGUUCUGCCUUGGCCGGGCGCUGCUGAAGAACUCGCAGAUUCUAGUGCUGGACGAAGCCACGGCGUCCGUUGAUUCCGCCACCGACGUGGCGAUCCAACGGACGAUAAAGGAGAGCUUUGGCGGGGCGACGAUCAUCAGCAUCGCGCACCGGAUCGCGACGGUCAUUGACAGUGACUUGGUGGUGGUGAUGGAUGGAGGUGAGUGA